CAGACACUGCUACUUUCCUUCGAUUGUGUCUGAUACAGUUAUCCGAUCCUCUCACAACAUCUAUCACGGCCAAUUUUCAAAAAGGAUCACGAAAUUCCACCCGAAAUUUCGCGUAUACCCCAAGCUACCCUACAAUAGCACGGCGAGAGCAACCGUUUGACCACGAUGGAGCUGCCACCGAAUCCCGGCCUCGUGGACGUCCAACGCGAUGCUCUUUACGCCUACGACUCAGAAGCCCACAAAGCCGUUGUCAACUCGCGACCAUGGACCAACGAUUACAAAUACUUCAAAACCGUCCGCAUCUCCUCCGUUGCCAUGAUCAAGAUGGUCAUGCACGCCCGCUCCGGCGGCAAUCUCGAGGUCAUGGGUAUGAUGCAGGGCUACAUUGAGGGCAGCACCAUGGUCAUUACCGACGCCUAUCGUUUACCGGUAGAGGGCACAGAAACCCGCGUCAACGCCCAGGACGAAGCGAACGAGUACAUGGUCGAGUAUCUCCGUCUCUGCCGUGAGGAGAACCGCCUUGAGAACGUUAUCGGGUGGUACCACUCACACCCAGGUUAUGGCUGUUGGCUAAGCGGUAUCGACGUCGGCACCCAAUCCCUACAACAGCAGUUCAACGAGCCGUUCGUCGCAGUGGUGAUCGACCCGGACAGGACAGUAAGCCAGAACAAGGUUGAGAUCGGCGCGUUUAGGACGAUUCCAGAAGGGAUCAAGCCUCCCGCGGCAACCAACACGACAACGGGUGAUGGACAGAGCGUCCCUCUGAACAAGGUGGAGGAUUUUGGCGCCCAUAGCCAUCGAUACUACGCGCUCGACGUUGAGCACUUCAAGAGCACACUCGAUAGCAAGCUGUUGGAGACGUUGUGGAACAAGUACUGGGUGCAGACGCUGGCCCAGAACCCGCUGCUUACCAACAGGGACUACACGAGCAGCCAAAUGGUGGAUUUGGGAUCCCGCAUUUCGAAGGCGUCGAAAUCGCUGGAGAUGCUCUCAGCGACUGGGCAAAGAGGUCCUAAGAGUGAUGCGGUCGAUCAAAACAUAGAGAAAUUGCUCAGCGAAGUGAAGCAGAUUGCUGCAAAGGAGAGGUCUGGACUGAUGGCGACGGACGUCAAAGGCAAGGUGUUUGGCUGUGGCUGUCGUGGGCAGGCAGAGGGUGUCCAGCCUGAAAAACCAUGAUAUUUUUGGAUGCUGCGGUGAGGACAAGGGUGAACAUCAUUGCGCGAGUAUCUGGAACGGAAGGAAAUGCGAUUAGGCCACCAUGGGUAGCACCAAAGAGAUAUCCCCAUAUUAGAGAGUCCCAGGGAGCAUUUAUGGAGGCGCAUGACAAUCGUUAGGGACAACAGGACCGCAUGGACGGACUGGAGAUGAUAGUCAACAAACGCCCUUUUUCUCCAAGAGAAGAGACAACUAGGGACUAGCCAUGGAAUACUAGAUGGACAAAUCCAAACAAGAAAUAGUAAUACAUGGCACAACAGCUACAGCCAUCCGCCCAAAACCACCGAUAUUUUACAUGCCAUAAGCCCUUGCCUUUGUGUUCUAGAACAGGUCAAACAACGCCAGUCCAAGACCAGUUGCCACCGCAUCCAUUGUGCCCGAACCACUUUUCCCAUUCUCUGCCUUCUCCUUCUCCAGAGCAACCUUGUACGAGGUAAUCAGCCUCUUCAUCGUCUCCUUUCUACCCAGCAACUGCAUGACCGACACCAGUCCCGGUCCAUGAUCGCCCGCCAACAGCGCCCACCGCAAAAACUUGUAGCCGCCCGCGCCCUUGAUCGGCUCGCCCGUUUCCGGGUCGCUGACGCUCACGGCCUUGACCGUGGCAUCCACGACCGACUUAAUCCUCUCAGCCGUCCAUUCUUCCACUUCGGCCUUCUUCUCCUCCGGAGAUCCCUCUUCCCCUUUAGAGGAGACAAUAUCGCUGAGCUGUUCAACGAUGAAGCGCAUGACGACACUGGGACUGGCUUCCUCACCAUCGAGCUUGGCGUGCUGAAGGGACGGGGUUUCGUCAAAGUUUUUGGAGAGAACCGAGGGGGGGAUGGUCCAGAAAGCGUACCGGUUCUGGGAGAGGAAAAGCUCCAGAUCGGGCUUGAUCGACUUGGCUGUGCGGAGGGCGUGGAGGAUGUAGUCCUGGGCAGAAGCAGGGGACUCUUGGGUCUGGGGGACAGGAGAGGCGAGGGAAGGGAGGGGGAUGUCAUGAACUGAAGUUUCCUCAAGGGCUCCCUUAGGGGUUUCGGCGC